AUGAAGUUUUUCGUGGUUGCUGCCUCUGCUAUUGUCGCUCUCUCUUUGACGGGAUGCAGUGAUGAUUCGACGACUACUGCAGCUCCUACUACGGCUCCUAGUAUAGCUACUACGGCAGCUGCUCUGGCCACUACUGCAUCUCCAAUCAAAACUACUUCUACACAGUCGUCGUCUGAGAGCACUUCUACUCCUCGGACUUCUACUGUGAUGACGUCGUUCCCUAUCACCUCGACUUCUGGCUCUUUAGAUGAUUCAACCACAGUCUCAUCAGAGACCACUACCAAGAGGAGGCCCUUCCGACCCACUACGACGACUUCUCUUGCUGAUGGAUCUACAGUGAAUCCUUCCGAGACUACAACAAGAAGGCCGUUCUUCAGACCGACCACUACACCCUCGGCUAGCUCGACGACUUCUUCUGCUGAUGGACCUACAGUUAAUCCUUCCGAGACUACAACAAGGAAGCCGUUCUUCAGACCGACCACUACACCCUCGGCUAGCUCGACGACUUCUGGUGAUUCGAGUAGUGCCUCUACUGGUCUCGCAACCUCAACGUUGGUAACAUCAACUACAGCGAAGUCUGAUGGUUCUACAACUGCCUCGACCACUACGACUACGUCCGGCCCCGCCGAGAGUUGUCUUGCUGCUCCUAGUGGAAAGUAUUGCGGUAAGUACAUGCUUUUUAAGGGCACCGCUACUAUCAACGAUGAAACAUUCGACUUGACUGUAAGACCUCUAGUUAAUGUCAAGGGUAUUGGUUACACUAUGGAGGACUGCACUGCGAUGGAGCCUGACUAUAAUGAUCCUCAGAUGGUGGAGUUGGCUAGUGAGCUCGGUAUGACGCCUCAGGAACUUGACGAAGCUCUGACUGUUACGUACGACGAGUCGAACGACCAUGUCAAUGUAUCUCUGGCUGGAGUAAUGUCUCUCAGCCUUUCGAAGGACCAGUGCUAAAGUUCACUGAGUCUGUGUUGUUGGCCUUUAACUUGUCCAGAAGGUUACUCUUGUUGCUAUUUUUUACGCUUUUUGUUACCGAUUCAUGAUUGAUGGCUGUGACUAUCAUGAAUGAGUUUUCG